AUGCCAUGGCUACACACAGAGACCUACCCCCUCCCGGAACAAGACAUCGUCUCCUUCGCCUUCGGAGACCCAAGCUACGAUCUCGACAAACCUAUCUACCAUGACCUGGACUCAGACCGGACCUUGUCCUACAACGAGGGCAAGGCACUCGUGCGAAAGCUGGUCGCUGGCUUCCGCGCUGCCGGAUUGAAGAAGGGGGAUUGCUUUGCUCUCGCGUCCUUCAACGAUAUCAUGUACUCGAUGCUCCUCCUCGCAGGCGUCGGAGCUGGCGGCAUCUUCAGCGGAUGCAACCCAGCAUACCGGCCUUUUGAGCUACGGCACCACAUUCGUACUGCACAAGCAAAGUUCUUCAUCGUUGAGCCUGAGUUGCUCGAGACUGUUGUAGAAGCCACUGACGCUGAAGGUAUACCGCGAGACAAUAUCUUCAUCUUCAACCUGAAACCCACUCAGACCGUUGCCAAGGGCUUCCGUUCAUGGACGUGGCUGCUAGAGCAAGGAGAAAGCGACUGGGAUGUGAUCACUGACAGGCACACGCUCGAGAACACGGCCGUGGCGCGACUGACCACUUCUGGCACCACCGGUCCGCCGAAGAUGGCGGUGCAGAGCCAUUUCAACGCGACGUCGUACCAUGCUCUGACCUCCAGCAUCGUACGCGAUCGAACACCGUGGGAACCGAGGAACUUGUUUCCCUUGCCGAUGUUUCACGUCUCGACCGUGCCGGCAGUACAUGUGUCCCCAUUCCGGAGUGGGAACCAGUGCUGGAUCAUGCGACGCUUCGAGCUGGAGACGUUCCUCGCUGCGAUCGACAAGCUCAAGACCACAGAUCUUGGUAUGGUGCCGCCAUUGGUCAUUGCCAUCAUAAUGUCGCCCUUGUCCAAGAAGUAUUCGCUAAAGAGCGUUCGACGUGUUGCAGCCGGAGCGGCGCCGCUCGAUGCUGUGUCGCAGCGAAAGUUUCAGAGUCUUUGUGCGGACGGUGCAACGUUCACGCAGGUAUGGGGCAUGACGGAAACAACGUCCGCAAUCUCAUUGUUUUAUUGGCCGGAUGAGGACGAAACAGGAAGUGUGGGAAAUCGAUUCUUACCGCAUACCGAUGUGAAGUUGAUAGAUGAUGAGGGCAACGACAUAACAGCGGACGAUGUUCGAGGAGAGUGCUGCGUCCGAGGUCCGACGGUCAUCAAGGGAUACUUUGGCAACGAGAAGGCAAACAAGGAGACCUUUGACGGCGAGGGAUAUUUGAAGUCAGGAGACAUUCUGUACCGCGAUGGCAAGACGAAACUGUGGUAUAUCGUCGAUCGGAAGAAGGAACUCAUCAAGGUCCGCGGUUUCCAAGUCGCACCUCCAGAACUGGAAGGCGUACUCCUGGACCACCCAGACAUCGUCGAUUGUGCCGUCAUAGGCCUCAAGCCUCCAACCAACUCAGACACGGAGCUCGUGCGUGCAUAUGUGGUUCGGCGGCAAGGAAGCAAAAUGAGCGAAGACCAGGUGAAAGACGUGAUCAAGGACAAAUUGGCGAGCUAUAAGCAGCUGACUGGUGGCGUCGUGUUUCUGGACGAGGUUCCAAAGAGUCCGAGUGGGAAGAUAUUGAAGAGAGUCUUGAGAGAGGAGGCAGAGAGAGAAGGAAAGGCGAAGUUGUGA